GCGCAUCUCGCGCCAUCUUUCCAGCCGGUUCCUAAGAACACGUUGCUGGGAAAAAAUAACAGCGGUGUGGUUUAUUAACAAAGAUCUGCCCCAAACGUCCAUUUUUAUCCGUCUUCCGCCAGAAGCGACUCCACGGGGGCCUAGCAGGGCUCCUCCGGUCGUGCUGUCAGUGCGGUCAACCCACCAUGGCGGAUAAGAACACCAGGAUCGCCAUUGUCAACCAUGACAAGUGCAAACCCAAGAAAUGCCGUCAGGAGUGCAAGAAGAGCUGUCCUGUGGUGCGCAUGGGGAAGCUGUGUAUUGAGGUGACACCACAGAGUAAGAUCGUUUGGAUCUCGGAGUCUCUGUGUAUAGGAUGUGGAAUCUGCAUCAAGAAAUGUCCGUUUGGGGCCCUAUCAAUUGUCAACCUGCCAAGUAACCUGGAGAAGGAGACCACCCACAGAUACUGUGCCAACUCCUUCAAACUACACCGUCUGCCUAUCCCCAGACCCGGUGAGGUUCUUGGUCUGGUUGGGACCAACGGUAUCGGUAAAUCCACGGCUCUGAAGAUCCUGGCUGGUAAACAGAAGCCCAACCUGGGAAAGUAUGAUAACCCUCCAGACUGGCAGGAGAUUCUGACAUAUUUCAGAGGUUCUGAGCUGCAGAACUACUUCACCAAGAUCCUGGAGGACGACCUGCGAGCCAUCGUCAAACCGCAGUACGUCGAUCAGAUCCCAAAGACCGUCAAGGGGUCGGUAGGAGCCAUCCUCAGCAGAAAAGACGACACAGAUACUCAGGAACUCGUUUGUGAACAGCUCGAUCUGAGCCACCUUCGGGAAAGAAAUGUGGAGGAGCUCUCUGGAGGAGAGCUGCAGAGGUUUGCCUGUGCUGUGGUCUGCAUCCAGAAGGCUGACAUUUUCAUGUUUGAUGAGCCUUCCAGUUACCUGGAUGUAAAACAAAGGCUAAAGGCCGCCAUUACCAUCCGAUCCCUCAUCACACCUGAUAGGUUUAUUAUCGUGGUGGAACAUGACCUCAGCGUGUUGGACUACCUGUCAGACUUCAUCUGCUGUCUGUAUGGCGUCCCCAGCGCCUACGGAGUGGUCACCAUGCCUUUCAGCGUCAGAGAGGGUAUCAACAUCUUCUUGGAUGGAUACGUUCCCACAGAGAACCUGAGGUUCCGAGAGACCUCACUGGUCUUCAAAGUGGCUGAGACAGCCAACGAGGAGGAGGUGAAGAGACUCCGACAUUACCAGUAUCCCAGCAUGCAGAAGACCAUGGGAGAGUUCAUCCUGAAAAUUAAGGAGGGAGAAUUCACAGACUCUGAGAUCAUGGUGAUGUUAGGAGAGAACGGCACAGGGAAGACGACCUUUAUUAGGAUGUUGGCUGGAGCACUCAGACCUGAUGGGGGAGGUGACGUUCCCAUUCUGAACGUGAGCUACAAACCUCAGACCAUCAGCCCCAAGUUUAAGGGAAGUGUGAGGGCUUUGCUUCAUGAGAAGAUCCGAGACGCCUACACACACCCCCAGUUCAUCACCGACGUCAUGAAGCCCAUGCAGAUCGAGAGCAUCAUAGACCAGGAUGUGCAGAACCUGUCUGGAGGAGAGCUGCAGAGAGUAGCUCUGACUCUGUGUUUGGGGAAACCUGCUGAUGUUUAUCUGAUAGACGAGCCCUCCGCCUACCUGGACUCCGAACAGCGACUAAUGGCUGCCCGGGUCAUUAAGAGGUACAUCCUGCAUGCUAAGAAGACAGCGUUUGUGGUGGAACACGACUUCAUCAUGGCGACGUACCUCGCUGACCGGGUCAUCGUGUUUGAUGGGAUACCUUCCAAAAACACCUCUGCCAACACUCCUCAGAGUCUGCUGGCGGGGAUGAACAGGUUCUUGUCUCUGCUGGAGAUCACAUUUAGAAGAGACCCCAACAACUUCAGGCCAAGGAUAAAUAAGCUCAACUCUAUCAAGGACACAGAACAGAAGAAGAGCGGAAACUAUUUCUUCCUGGAUGAUUAGAGGGCCCUCUGUUGGCUGUCAUUAACGUUGUGAAACGCUGACCCUAACUGCAACCAAUAACUACAACCAAUACAGCGCCUGGCCCGGGGCUGCGUUCAACGGACUCCAGCAUCCACAAGUGUUUCAGUGUGUAACACUCAGCCCUUUACACACUGAGCGACAUUCAACUGCCGGCAAUGUGGUGGUGUGUUUCAAAUGAAAUCGUGGCAUCCUGUCACUCGGCCUGUCCAUACCGGGCUGCGUUCACAGCCAGCAACGUUCUGAGCAGUGUGAACCAUUCUGUAACACUUCUGUAUUUACAAUAAACACAGCUGAUACAACCUGCAA